CCGUUCACCGCCUUUCUAAACACUCCCACUCAGCAGGCAUACAGCAACUCGUGAGACAGUAAAUCAGCAGCCUGUCUGCCUGUGCCAGUCCUGAAGCGAGGGAGAGCAGAGAGCAGGGGAAUGCAGGUAUGAGGAGGGAGAGGAGGAGAGGAUGAGGAGGUUUUUCAGAGUCGGUAGAGAAGAAGACUACAGCCAAACCCAUUUCCUAACGGCCAAGUGUAAUCGUCUAACUCAUGAGAAAGCAGUGCUGGAGAGGGAGGUCCUGGUGAGCAGGGAGAGGGAGAGGAACCUGCAGAAUGAUCUGGAAGCGCUGGGGUCCCGGCUGUACAAACAGGAGCAGGUCAACGUGGAGCUGAGCAUCAAGCAUGACCAGCUGGUCAGCAGGCUACGCCAAGAACAGGUUGAGGGCCUGGUGGAGUUCCUGCGACAGCGUGUGUGUGUGCUGGCGGAGGAGGGCUCCAGAGAAGCAACAGUGCUGAGCCUGCAGCUGGAGCAGGUGAACUCAGAGCUCCUCCACCUGCUCUCCUCAGAGGUGCAGCUGGAGGGCCUGGUGGACGAGCUCCACACUGAGGCCCUGCAGAGAGCUGCGGCUGCUGAGGGCCUCCAGGCGCAGCUGCACAGCAAGACCGGUGAGCUGGAGGAGUUGGAGCGGAGUUACGCAAAACUCUCCGUAGAGUUGGAGGAGCAAUUUAGCGCAAAUCGGAGGAGGGUCACGGAACUGCAGGAGGCCUGGGAGGAGCAGGCCAGUGCCCACCAAAGGAGGGUGGAGGAACUGCAGCAUGAGAACGCCGCCAGCCUCAGGAAGCUGCAGGAUACGGCCCAGCAGUUUGAGUGGCUCUGCGAACAGCAGCGUCACUGGAUCUGCUGCGUCAAAAGGUUCAAGGAUGGCCUGUCUGAGGAGAAGGAGAACCUGGUCCUGCAGGUGAGCAGGCUGGAGAAGGAGGUGGCUCAGCUCCGGCAUGGCUCCCCCGGCCCCAACCCGGGCCAAUGCUGCCCUCUGGAGGACACAUGCAGCAGGACGUCGUUGUGGGUGGCUGAGGAGAUGGACGCCCUGCAGGCCCAGGUGGACAAGUAGAGAGGCCUGUAGGAGGACCUGCUCAGCCAGCUCACUCUCACCCAGGUGGGAGACACUGUCGACUGACACCAAAGACCUCCCUGAGGCCCCAAGACUGAAAUCUACAGUUUGGUCUUCUGGGUUAUUUUUUUUUUCUUCCCCCAACUGAAGAAAAGGUUUUUCUUGUCUGUUGGAUAGUUUUGUUGCUGCUUUUCCAAGUGAUGUGGUGAAGUGUUCAUUGUCUUUGUUGGUUUGGGACAUUGUUUACCUGUCUUGUUGAUUCCAGGUCCUGUUGAUUUACUGUUGAAUGAACCUAUACAAUCAUUUUAUAAAGGUCCCCCCCCCCCCCCCCCCCCCCCCGCCCCCAAAUGUAUAUGGCGUUGGAAUGCUGGACUAUUUGGUCAUGUGACCGCUUAAUCAUGUAUUUUCAGAUACACUGACGAUUGCAAAGACCCUGUUGCUGAUUGUAAAAAAAAAAGGGGAACGUGUUGUUCCAGUCUGGCUAGCGUUCCUCUCACACUCACUAACUCUUUGUGAGAGUCUUACAGAUGGUAAAGAUUGUUUAACAAAGAACCACUCACCAUGGCCCUCACCUUAAACCUUCCCUAACCCCCAAUCUGGACCCUCAGCCCAGCUCUGGCAAGUCUUGCUUGCUUGAAUCUGCUGUGUCGACAGAUGUUACUUUGUGGUCGUUUGUCUAUCACCCACUAGGCUUCUCUGAGGCCCGAUAGUGUGGGACAAGCAGGUGUGAAAUGUGGCGAUCUAAAUGAGUCCUGAAUGGCAAAGGUGUAACCAAAUAUUAACAACGUGCGACAACUGGAAAUAUGUUGAAUUUGCACACAAUAAAUACCUACACACCCAACCAUGCAGAACCCCAUCGACUAGACUCGGUCCUUGCUGAGUAUAUUAAUAGAACAAUUAUAGGUAACACAAGAAUAGUAUGUUUAUGUUUCCACAUUUAGCAGCCAGGGAAAACACACUGUAACACAUUAUAUACAUCUUCGAACCAGGAUGUGACCAUUAAAAUAGAGUUGAGACUUGUUAAAACAGAGUCCUGCAUUUUACA